GAACCCGUAUGUACUAGCAGCUCCAUCCGGUAUAGUGAAAACAUGUCGGUACGGAGAGUGCCCACCGGAGGAACCGCGUUUAGGAAAUGCCCUAAAACAUAAGCCGCUGUGAAAUACCGGGACCGUGACGUUUCUAUGCGCUUAGAGUAACCGUCGGGCUGCCCUAAUAGUUUCCGUAAGUGGGCCGGUCAGGCCGAAUGGACGGAUAAGCCAGCGGGACUUGUUCCGAAGCAGUAGUAGGCGGCAGGGUGGACCGUGCGGGGUUUGGGCUUUAAUAGACGGGGCGCUCGUAGUUGGGGGAUGUUAUCCGUACUGUCGUAUGGCAGACUGGUAGCGAGGGCUGUCCUGGGCGGACUCUCUCAAACCGAUGGUCGGGACUACAGCCUGAUCACUGCCAGCUAUGGCUUUGGCAAAGACUUUCGCAAGGGGAUCUUGAAGAAAGGGAUGUGCUACGGGGAUGAUGCUUGUUUUAUUGCACGACACAGGACCGCCGAUGUUUUAGGUGUUGCCGAUGGUGUAGGUGGAUGGCGCGACUAUGGUGUUGACCCAUCUCAGUUUUCUGCCACCCUGAUGAGGACAUGUGAGCGGCUUGUGAAGGAGGGUCGCUUCACUCCCAGUAACCCAGUGGGUGUCUUGACCUCUGGGUACUAUGAGCUCCUGCAGAACAAAGUUCCCCUGUUGGGGAGCAGCACAGCCUGUAUCGUCGUUCUGGACCGGCGGAGUCACCGGCUCCACACGUGCAACCUUGGUGACUCAGGCUUCCUGGUGGUACGGGGAGGGGAGGUGGUGCAUCGCUCAGAUGAGCAGCAACACUAUUUCAACACCCCAUUCCAGUUGUCCAUUGCUCCACCGGGGGCUGAAGGGGUGGUGCUCAGCGACAGCCCUGAAGCAGCUGACAGCUCCUCCUUUGACGUCCAGCUGGGUGAUAUCAUCCUGACUGCAACCGACGGCCUCUUUGACAACAUGCCAGACUAUAUGAUCCUGCAGGAGCUCAAAAAACUCAAGACCACCAACUAUGACAGCAUCCUGCAGACUGCACAGAGCAUUGCAAAGCAAGCUCAUGACCUAGCCUAUGACCCCAACUACAUGUCCCCUUUUGCACAGUUUGCCUGUGACAAUGGCCUGAAUGUAAGAGGAGGGAAGCCAGACGAUAUCACGGUGCUGCUGUCCAUUGUGGCUGAAUAUACAGACUAAAUGUGUGUGCGAGUGUGUGUGUGCUUCUUUGGGCUGAUCCCUCCUUCCCUCCGCCUGAGUCUUCCACCUGCAGCCCUCCCAAAAUGCACUGCUUCCUGCGGGCUGACAGGGGAGGCCCACCAACAAAACACACACUCCUCGCUGCAGGACGGUAGUCCAUCCAUGUUCCUCCGUGGUUGUUUUUUUUUUUGUUUGUUUUUUUUUUGUUUAUUCUUUUAAUUUGGUGCUCCAGCGGUUGAGAGGAAGCAGGCAGCUAGGACAUUGUCAUGUUGAUCAUGAUGCAGGAGGAGCCGAGUAGAGCGGGCCACGGGGCGCCUUUCAGCGUCCGUGUCUCAUUGCAUGGUGUCAACACUUCCUAGGUGACGGGACUGAGGGACAGUCCUGAGGGAGGGACAGUUUGCUUUUACCGGCCAGGAUGAGGAUGAGGCCGAGGGCUUGGAAAUUCUUUAGCCGUCAUGGUUAAACAGUGAUACUGUAAGAGGAGUAAGCCAUGGUUUUGGUUCCUUAGAGAGCAGUGAUAGUGUUACCUAAUGAACCCCUUUGUUCUAGUUGUUAAACUAUCUGUUCCAUGUUGUAAAUGUGCGUGUGAGCAGAGGUUGAGGAAGUAAGACGGACUGAAGAAGCCGAAGUUAUGAAUAGACAAGAGUGAAAGGUGAGGCUGUUGUUUCUGUGUCUUGGUCUGGGAAUGUGUUUGAUGGAAGAGCUAACUAGCAUCUGCCAGCCUGCUCAAAGAAAUCUCUCAUUGCAAAGAGAAACCUUAACAUUUGUCAUCGCCUACUAGUGAAGGGUUAAUCAGGUUUUGUCACUUGGCUGUGGGAUCUGUCAGUGCACACAUCCUCACGAGUUGUAAAUAUUUUUGUGUUUUUCGAGGUAUGUACUGGCCUUUAAUUGUCUUUGCUUCGGUCGUUGAAGCAAAGAGCUCUUACAUCACUGUUGUGAAGAUAUUUUCUUGUACAGGAUGGAAUCUUGAAGUAAGCUUUAUCAAUCCCACACUUCCAUUUGCUGAGAUGAACAAGAUGUUUGCUGAUGGCUACAGCGGCAGUGUGGUAGGGUUGUGCACUGCAGGUCCUCGAGGGUGUAAAAAAUGUAUAGAGGUGUGUGUGUGGGUGUGUGUGUGUUGUAUACAUGUGAGAAAAUGUAAGCUCUUAUUUGAAUGUGUGUUGUAUUAAAUGUUGAUAUUCGUCUUCUCACAAAGCUAAAGCUAGCAUCUGGGAAUGCUUACAACUGCAAUGAUAGGUCAGGCAUGAAUUUAAAGAAAAAAAGAUGUAUUUUUUUAACUUUGUUAUUUAGGUUUAAGAGUAAGAGUUUGAGGUGUCACAUGACAUUUAGAAUUGGGUGUGGUGGACAACAAGAAGAUUGAGCUGUUAACAAGAAUCAGAUGUGCGAUGAGUGUGUGAAAUUUUUAUUUUUUUCGAGUCCUUAUUCCCCUUUACAUUUGUUUGCUGCUUCUCUUUUGUAAUUGAGAUGUCUGUAUAUGACUUGACAUGUUUCUAUGAACAUGGCCAUCGUGAUUGUAACGAGUAUAUUUAAAUUUGUGUGCUGGAUGUCAUGAAUUUACAUUAAUCAGAGACAUUGAUUAUACUGUUCUGGUCUCGGUAGUCUGUCCCUUUCUUGAAAAUCUCGCCCAAGCGGUUUGGACAUUUUUACAGUUUCAAAGCAGGUGCACCAAAGACACGCUUUCUUUGCGUAUGUCAUUACGCCUUGUCAGUAAGAAAAACACACAGCAAUACUGUAAAAAUUCUUUGUGCUUGUAUAUACGAUCAAUGGGAAGCUGAAUCUUGUGCGAUGGCCAGAAGUGUUUUUUGGUGCAAAUAUUCAAGAGGGACACUAAAGUGGUUGUGAUCAGAACAGUGGUGGAAUCACAUUCUUACUUUUAGUUAUAUGUGACUGGUUCUGUGUAUGAAACAAUAAAAACAGGUUUAUAAAACCAAAGAAGGAAAGCCAUAUAAAUACAUGAUUUAGUGCACUGGUCUGUAAGCCGUGCUCUAAAGUUAACAUUGUGUUGGUGGUGACCAAUGUGUCACUGUGUCAUCUCAUCAAAAAUCAGUAAAAACAGUCUGAGAUCCAAUUCCAGAAAUCAUACAGUGAUUGUGGAAAUCCCCCGUCUAGCAUCUGUCUGGCUUUAGUAAAGCAAGAUUCAGCAAACAGUUCUGUGGUGUGAAGAAGCAACGCAGCAAGCAGAAAAGUGGGAGUUCGACAAUGAAUCUCUUUUUUUUUUUUCUCACAGUAAUUCAGAUUUUACUGGUCUUCAUUCAUCAAGCUCAUGAGAGAGACAAUGAGUAGUGUGUGUCCUACUGUUCUCUUUUUGCAUGAUGUCUGUCCUAGCUGUUGCACCAGUGGCACGUGUAAAGGUGGCGUCACUUAAAAUAUGCCUCUCCCUUAACUUCCUGUCCGAUGAUUUAUCCUGUACUUCAUUUCUGAGACGUUAAUUUCACGGACCUCUAGUUCUGUUUUUUGGGUCUUUUAGAAGAAGAAAAAAAAGUUGUUUGUAUACAGGUUCAAGACUUCUUCAUGUGCUUAAAAUGCAGGCUUGUGUUUGACAGAAAGAUGUAACCAUGUGCAGAGGCAGGAGUGAUGAGAUGCGGUGUGUGUGUGCGUGUGCUGUUGACUCAUAAAGGUGAGCACACUUUCAGCCUUAACAAACUGCUAGACCUGUAAUCAAGAGGCCUUUCUUGGCAUUGCAAGCUUGUCUUGUCUCGGUCAUUUUGUAUAGUGUUUAAUGUCAAUGAAAUCUGCUCCUAACUUUCUCUCCUGUCCUGUAAAGCAGUUUUUUCAAAGGUGCUUCUGCAGUCAGUAUACAAAGUAUGAUUGUUCUCUUUCCAGCAAGCUAUGUUUGUGUGUAUGAAAGAUACACCUGUGUCUACAGUGUAACAAUGCAGGUCUAAUUUCUGUAAAUAUAUUUUAAAAUAUGUACAAUAUUUAAAUAAAGAAUUUAGUAUUUAUACUAAA